AUGGUCUACACUAUCGAGAUCUACGUUGAUGGAGGCUGCAGAGGCAACGGCCAGCCAGGCUCGAUCGGGGCCGCCGCAGCAGCGGUGAAGACCCGGGCUGGCACCUUACUUGGCUGGAAAGAGGCCCUACCGUCGUAUCCCACACCCACCAACCAACGAGCCGAGAUCACAGCCAUUAUCCUAGGCUUGGAAAAGGCCCGGGAAGAUAUCAUCAACUCCGAACCAAUCCCCUAUGCCGUCAAGUGCAUGAACGAGUGGGUCUACAAGUGGGUCAACAACGGAUGGACCAACGCCAAGGGGUCCGAGGUCGCCAAUCGCGAUGUCAUUGAAAGGGCAAUGGAUCUCGAGGACGAGUUGAAGGACUCAGGCGAUGUGCGGUAUCAGUGGAUUCCGAGAGCGCAAAAUCAAUUUGCUGACCAGCUUUGUAAUGAGUGUAUGGAUGAGAUGGUUGAUGAUGAUGAUGAUGACGACAGACGAUACUAUUACUCGUCCUCCGAUGACGACUGGUAAAGCAUUAUCACAGUUCUUUCUGGGUCCGGCAUUUCUGGUGCACUCGGGGGUGGUUAUGUUGACUCUAUUGCAUGGGGGAGCGUAAGCCAGGAUCCAGGUGCAGUUGCCAGGCGUGGCUGCAGUGUGGCUACAGUGAGGCGGAGGAACCCUCGUUUUAUAGCCAUAAUCUUCAUAUACAACUUCAGCACAAAAUCGCGACAGUUAUUCGUCAACAGAAUAUACCCCUUCUGAUUCAUCCCCCUGAGAGACCCCAGUAUGCUUAAG